AACACUGACACUGGGUCUGUGUCUGUGUACUGCGUAGGGUUUAGUCCAUUUGCGAAGAUGACUCGUGAAUUCUAAUCUCGCCCUCUCUCUCUUUUUCUCGCGGUUGCAGAGUCGUAGGAUAUAUAGAUAGAACAAAGAAAAAACAUGCACUCUAUGAAGACUAGUUACGCUGGGCAAAUUUUUGCUUUAGCUAAGCCUCACGAUUCUGGAGGUAAGAGGACUCGUAAUAGGAUUCCUAAAGAAGAGAGAAAGACACUGGUGGAAUCUUUUAUAAAGAAGCAUCAAAAACUAAACAAUGGGAGUUUUCCUUCACUUAGUCUCACACACAAGGAGGUUGGUGGAUCUUUCUACACUAUAAGGGAGAUUGUCAGAGAGAUUAUCCAAGAAAAUAGAGUCCUUGGUCCUGGUGGCUUGCUUCUUGAGGGAAAUGGCUCUGUGCAAGAUCAAAGUCUUUCAAGUUCUAUCCUGAUGGAUCCUGUGCCCCCUUUAUCUUUCUCAGAUCAAAGUUAUGAUUUUUCUUCUGAGGCUGAGGAGAUGAAGUCACCUGGAAGCGGGGAAAACAUUAACGGUAGCCAGGCUAGCUUAGAUGACAGAGGAUCUGGUAUAUUGGAUUGCAGGGAAGUGAAUGGAAAUCAAGACAUUGGGCUCGUACACCAGGCAAUGGACUCCACUGAGAUAUCCAUGACUCAGCUUGCAGCAUCUUGCAGUGAAGAAAAUGAUAUCAAGCGUGAUGUAGGGCUACAAAAUUGUAUGGAGACCGUGUGCGAUAAUGUUGCCACCAAACCCCUGGGUAAAAGAAUCGAUGUGGAUAACAAAGAUGAAGGAUUUGAGGAACUACCUUUGAUGAAAUCAGACGACACAAAUCCUGUUAACAAUGACGAAAGACUGAAUGAUGCAGGAGCAGCAAUGACCGAGAUUGAGAACGUGAAGAACGUAUUAGGCAUAAUUGAUAUGCCAGCAGAAACAGUUGCUGAGAAGUUUCCAUUAAAAUCUGUGACUUCAACGUUGGACUCACCGGAUGGACAGCCUAGAGACGUGGACGAAGUUUGUGAGGGUGGGAAAGGAACUGAGACAGAGCUGGAAGCUCAUAGCAGCACCAUAAAUCAUGUUGAUCUUGGGGAGAUUUCAUCAUCCACUUCUUCUGCGGUAAUUAAAGAAAAAGGGACGGAAGUCAUUGUUGGUCAAAUGCCAAAUCAUAUUUCUGUCAUUAUGGAAAAGAAAGUUGGAGAGGAAAUUGUAAAUCCUGCUUCAGUAGAUGUUGAAUGUGCUGAUACUAAAGAGACCGUUGUUGUGAAUGGUGUGAUUGGCAACAUCCAGGAGACAAAGGAAUUUAGUAAUGGAACUUUGACAGCUGAACGGAAAAUGCCAACAUCUAGCACUGAGUCGGGAAGUCCUAAGAACGACAGAGCAAAAGUGGACACUGUGAGUAGCUAUGCCGGGAAUGAAGUCGCAAGUGUAGAGAAGAAGGCAACCAUGGAAAAAGGGAAACUUGAUGCUCCAGAUAGUUCAAGCUCUCAAAAAGAAAACAAUGCAACAUUAAACAGAAUUAAACCUGAAUCGUGGAAAGGGGAAUCUAAUAUGGGAAGACAGGAAACAAAUCCUCUCUUGGCAGCUCUGAAAUCUUUCUUGACAGCCUUUGUGAAGUUUUGGUCUGAGUAAUAAUACAUUGUAGAGAUCUGUUGGUUAAAGCUUUUGUAGUUUUCAUUAGUGAGAGUUGGUAAGGUUAAGAUAAAAAUAUGGUUUGAAAUGUGCUGUACAAUUCUUGUGUUGAAUGUUAUGGGUUGAAUCUUCUGUUCAAAUAUAGUCCAAUCGAAAUUCUGAUAA